UUCUUUUAUACUCUAUGUAAAAUAAGAGAAGAUCGCUUGAGAUAAGUCAAUGUACAGUGUUCUCGCAUUGAGUUCAUUUUUCUAUUUUGUAUAGAUUCCAGUUUUUGUUACAUAUUUUAUCCGAAAAUAUUGAAUUUCACAAUUCAUUGUUUCUAGCCAAAUGUCAUGAACUCUACAUUACCCGUGACAGUGCUUUUUGUUUGCUAUAAAUAGAAAAAGCAUAUUAUGAUAUUUAAAAAAGUAUUUGGAACUAUUAAUCAAGAUUAAGAUGAAGCAUGACUCUAAUGUAGAUUGAUUUGGACCUCUAAUCUUCCUGGACUUAUUUCUCAUUUUGUGCUUAAUGCUAAGAUAUUAAAUAAUAUCACUAUGGAGCAGAAUAAUAUAGGAAAUAUUAAAAGUUCAAUAUAUGUAGCAAUUUCAUUUAAAAAAUUAUGUUUGGCAACAGUGUCUUUGCCUCUUGUUACCCUUUUAGUCUGUUUCAUUACAGCAUAUAUUUUCCAACAAGAUGAAAUUCAUGAAACACAUUGCAGGGUUUACAAUGUACUUCCAUCAAUCUCAGCUAUUACUGGUGUAUCUCCACAGAGAUACUUGUGGCGUAUAAGCAUAGCAUUACACAUUGGUCCCCGUUUAAUUAUUGCCAGUGUUUAUCACUCAUAUUAUUAUCAAAUGCUUAAAACGAUUGAAGAUGUACCUUUAAGGAUUACAGGAUGUAGACUUCUUAAUUUAUGCUACUGGUUAAAUAUUGCAGAGGUAGCAGCCUUGUGUGGUGUUACAUACAUCUCAAACAAAGAAAAUUAUUCUGUACAUGAAAAGAUCUUUAUUGCUUUCAUGAUUAGCUCUCUUACAUAUAUGUUAAUGGUAAUAAGGUUGAGUCGUCUUGUCACACCAAAUGCACAAAGCCUUUGGUACAAACAGACACUUUUUGUAACAAGUCUUAUUAGUACUAUUGGACUCAUUGUUUUCUUCUUAAAACACAGACUACUGUGCCACGAUUUGGCAUUUAGUUGGUUUUCCUUAUGCGAGUACGUGAUUGCCUCUGCAAAUAUGGGUUUUCACGUUACCGUAGUUCUAGACUUUCCCAUGGAGCAGCUGGUUGUUGGGAAUGGUUUACCUGCCUUAAAGGCAGAUUAACUUAUAAUAUUUUAUACUUAACAUUAACGUAUUAUUGUCAUCAAAAGUGCCUACUGCCACUGUCUGGAAGUGCUAUUGCCAAAAGUAAAAAAUAUAUUACACUAUGCUGGGUAUCCACUGGCAUAAACUUGGCAAACAUUUCUUAAUGAAAACACGCAUAUAUUGAAUGAAAUCAAAACAUUUAUCAAUAAUUGUUACUGUUUUAGGUGCAUAAUAAUGAUGGUGAUAAUAUUACAUAAACAAAAUUAAGAAUUGAUAGAUUUUAUCAUAGGAUUUUCAUGAUUUUAUCAUUUUAUGAUCGUGUAAACACGUUACUUUUGAGUUUUUGUCCGAUACAGGAAUAUUACGGUUUAAAAUUUUUCUCUCUUUCUUCUUUUCUUUUUAUUAAGAUAGAUUUAUUUAGAAUAUUUAUUAUGUUUACUUAAUAUAAUAUUAAAUACUAAACCUCGACGAAUAUUUACAUGCAUCGUAAAUACUUAAUUUUACUAGAAAAUUUGGAAGCAGAGUAUUUAGAAAUGUUUUACAUGUUGAGUGGAUACACGGUUUACUACUCAUUAUAUUUAAUUUUGACGAGGUAGUGUCAUCAGAAACUACUUUUAAGCUACGAGUGAUUUCUGAACUUAGCAUUUCCUUUUAAAUAUAGACGAUUUUUAGUUAAAGAUACAUCUAUUACUGGUUAAAAGUAAAAAGAAAAAGAACUAUUCUUUAAAUCUAGCGCUUCCAAAGUAUGGCACUGGUAUCUUCCAAGGCAAUGAAAAAUCUUCAAUGGCCUUUUAGGUAGCGAAUACUCAUAGUAAUACCAAAUAAAUAUGUAUCCUACAUACAUACAAUAAUGAAACAUUAAACAGUCCAAAAUAAUUAAAUUACAUAUUGAAAUGACAAGUUUCAAUAUGUGCACAUGGUUGAUUUGAAGAAAAAAAGAAAAAAAAAAGAAAUAAGGAGUAUUAUAGGAGGACUUGUUAAUAGUUUUAAAUCUGCUUUCAUAGGUUAUCCUUUUUCCGAAGUGAGAUUUCUAGUCGAUAAUUAAAUCUAGUCUACAUUUUUUAUCUGUUUUUCAAGCGUCUUUAUGCCAUGUUAUACAUCAUGGAUUGCGACGCAUUGUUAGAAUGUAGGAUGCAUUUGUAUUAACAUGUCUUUCGUCUUUAAUGUAGGUACGUUCAUCAAAUGAGUGUACUCAAUUUUAAUUUAAGAUGCAGUAGAAAUGUUAUUUAUCAUUGUACAGCUGUAUAUCAUCGAUCUAUUUUACCGCGCGUAAGCGUACGCGAAUAUUAUGUAAAGAAAAAAGAAAGAGAAAAAAGAGGUAAACAAGAAUAAUACUACCAUAACAGUGGAAGUAACUUACUUGAUAUUCAUGAAACUUUGGUCACGGCAAUAUUAUUUUAGGAAUAUAAGAAUUAAUACCAAUAUUUGUGAUCUUUCAUGUAACACGAUUAUUAACAAAUGAUUGGCAUUUUAAAUAACUCCAAUGGAAAUAGGCAAUUGUAUAAUAUACAAUAUUUCUUGACCAAAACACAAAUAACGUCCAAAGUUAUGGAACAAAUUAACGAAAUUAAUUCGAAUAACUGUUUGUAUGAAAUUUUAUAAUCGAGAAUCUCACCUUCCUUUCCACGAAGAAUAUUAAGUAAAUAAGAGAAAGCUUGUGAUAAAAACUACAUUAUUGUAGAUGUUGAAAAAUCAGCCGUAUAAACUCGGACGAAUUUGUAUAAUAUGUAAAGACCCGGAAUGGAUACAUAGCGUUACCAAUGAUAUAUUACAUUAUAACGUUCCUUGUACAUUUUCUUUGAAACGUAACUAGUAAUAAUUAGAUUUACACGACACACUGAUAUUUUUUUAAUUUUCGAUCGUUCGAUUAUUGACCAUCAAUAUGAUUGUGUACAUGGUAUUCCACUAAAUAUUUAAGCGACAGUACUUUUUUUACAAUUGAAAUACAGAAAAUUAUUGUCGAACCAGAUACAACAAAGAUAAGUGAUGUACAGUGAAACAAAGCAACAUAUCUUGAUGGUUCCCAUUGUAAGACGAGCAGGUGUUCCUGCUCGUUUUAUUUAUCCGUGCCAAGUGAUAUAUUAAAGAUACUAUAAACGUAUCAUUGAUGCCAUGUAAAUUAAAAUCCACUUACAAAAUACCUUUAAUAAAUCACUUAACACUGAAACGGCUUAGAUGAUUAAUUUUCUUUUUGUUUUAAUUAAUUGUUUAAGUAUAACUGUAUAUUACUCGAUCAUAAAUCAAACACACACGUGCACUGUUAAAAUAUUAUACUGUUGGUAUAAGAAACUAACAAGAAUAAUUUAUUCGACUUAAUGUAAUGUAAGUAGAUAAGAAGCUUUGGUAGAUUGUUGAAGUACUUUAAUCAACAUACGUAAAAUGACAACCUUUGAAAAUUUCAUUGUUAUCAUAAAUUAGAGAUUGAAAUCUAUGCUUAUAGUGUAAGUAUAGUUUUUCGAUGCAGAAGCGCGUUGUAUUGUAGCUUGAAUGAUUUUCAAACAAUCUAUCAAAGAUUUUUAUAACAAGUAUUUCACAGUUUGACAGUACCACUGAGGGUUGAUACGAAUGUACCAAAGUGGUAAUCACAAGUUUCUCUAAUUUUAAUCAAAAUAUACGUUAAAUGUAUUACGGUUAAACAAACUUCUGGUUACCAUCUGAUGUGUUACACAACAUUGUAUGCUACUGUUGUCCGUUUCGAUAAUUGAGCUUGUAAAUGACGAAUAGAUGUUAACACACGGUUUAUGUAAAGUAUCGUAUCGGUGCCAGAACACAAUUUGUUGUUGAGGUGUUACUUGGAACGACCUUGACAUGUGUCAGAAUCUUUAUUUAAUUGAUGUCGGCCAGUUGGCACGAUAACACUGUCACGAAUUAGGCUGAACGUCUCCUGCUGCUUGUUUGAGCAGAGGUUCACAUUAAUGUAAAGUAGUACAGAGCAGGUUCUGUAACGGAAUUAAAAUACUGCUCUGAUUGUAACAUAAGUAUCGAGCUCUUUUGCACUUUGCUCCUUCUCACUCUUGGUAAAUUAGAGGAAAUAUGCACACGUUAAAUUAUGAACAGUAACUGAAAGAAAAAAAAAAAAA